AUGGCGGAAAGCUCUAUCCCAUCCAAUUUAGCUUCAGAGGACAUAUCUCCAGACGGUGCAUCUAUUCAUAGAGAGGCUUCAGCAUUCAGGUUAUUCGGUUUUGAGCUAACUAAUCAUCAUCAAGGCAAUGAUGAAGUUGCAGAGAGAACAGAAUUUCACGGAGAAAACAAGAGAUUCGAGUGUCAAUAUUGCGGACGAUUAUUCGGAAACUCUCAAGCACUAGGAGGUCACCAAAACGCACACAAGAGAGAGCGAAAGAGAAUGAAACUUGCUCAAUUCCACGACAAUCAUCGACACUUCAUGGCAUCUGUUGCUGCUGCGCCGCUUCUGAGCUCCCAUGCAAUGAUAUCAUCAUCAACUGCCGCCGCUCGUUUUGCGGUGGUGCCGCCUCCACCGCCAGCGUUUCUGCCGUCACUGCCUUCAAACUUAGGCACUCCGAUUUAUAUCGGACAGCCGCUGCAUGUUGGUGGCCUCAGUGGCCCUGCUGCUGCUGUAUCUUACGGUAGUCAUUUAUCUUGUAAAUCGACUUCGGGGGACUUGGAUCUCAAUCUUCAUCUAAAUCUCCCUCCCUCUGGUUGA